CGCGACUCGAGCACCCGACGCCCACCACCACUGCAUGGCCCGCUGCGUCCUGUCCGUUUCCGCGCUCGCUGCACCCCCUCGACAAUUCCCCUAACAUGCCAUCGCGGCCGUCUUGAGCCUGCUCCGCCGCAACCUGCGCUCGCAUUCCCGCCCUCGUCGCUCGUUUGCACCCGUCUGCCGCCAUGGUCACCAUUACGCCGGAGCCGGCGGCGCUCUCGGCGAGCGAUCUGUCGCUCUUCUACACGACCGACGAGCUGCUGUCCAACUCGCCCGUGUUGGUCUUCUACGGGCCGACCUCCACCUCCACACAGGCGACCCACUCGCGCAUCCAAGCCCACGUCUUCACUCCCGCCGGGCUCCAGAAUUUUGCCCGACUCAUUAUUUCGCCGACCGCUCCCUACUACCAAGCCGUGGCCUGCCUGCCGCGCGAGGAACAGGGCGACGAGAUAUGCCGCGGCCUCGCCUUCAGCCUCUACAAGUAUUUUGUCGAGCUCCCGCAAGACGUCAAGAAUGCCUGGGAGAGGCAGUACGCGUCGGCUACGCGCUUGCCUUCGGCGCCAACACUCUUCUCCGAGUCGCACGCCGCCAUUGUGGCUGCGCGCAUGGUCAGAGUCGAAAAUGCCGCAGAUGUCAUUGUCGAUGUACGCCAUGCUCUAGGAGAGCAGACCCUCCCGUGGCUGGACCUGGACGUGGUGCUACCGCACGGAAGCAUCAAGCAGCUGGACAAUGCGAGGGAGUCGGCCCAGUUCGACGAGUCCGAGGAUGAUGUUCUUCAGCACCGUUAUGGCUCUUACGCACCUGUUGUGAAGCUGCUUGGCGAGGCUGCCUUCAUUCCGACAUCGAGACUGCGACGCGCGCCGUCAAAGCCGACAGCACUUAACAAAUCGCAAGCCUUCUCGAGGAACCAAAAGGAGAACCUGCGUCGAGAGAUGUGCGAGCUUCUUGACACUGAAGAAAACUAUGUCAGCAAAGUGUAUGAGUUGGUCAACACCGUCGCAGUAGAGUUUCGGCAAAAAGCGAAGCAAAAAAGCAGUUCCAGCACGAGUCCAAACGAGCAAGCUCUGAAAGCUCUGUUUCCUCCGAGCCUGGAUGCUAUUCUCGAUGUGAAUGCGCAAUUUCUGGACGUCAUACGCACCGUGCUGGAGGACACCGAGAACGAUGCUAUACAAGACAUCGAACAAGCUACAGAUGACAUCUUUGUUGCGCCACUAAGAGGUCAAAAGGACCCUGCCGACGUUACGGGUGCUCUAGCAGUGGCGAAGGCGUUGGUGGAAUGGUUCCCGCGGUUUGGCAACUGCUAUUCAGACUACAUGGCAGCUCACGCCGACUUUUCGCAACUGCUGAAAGGCUUUACCAAAGACAUCAACUCCAGCUUCUCGAAGCGAGUGUAUGAGACUGGAGAACAACGGCUGAUGUCCAUGCUAAUCGAACCUGUGCAGCGCCUGCCGCGCUACAACCUAUACAUCGACAACAUCAUCAAACAACUACCCAUGCGACAUCCAGCCAUCAAAGUCUUCCUCAAGGCGCGAGACAUCAUAUCAGAGAUAUGCUCUCGUGAGGGGCCAUCCGUGCAGCAGAUCAAGAUCCUCGAUCGCCUGCGUAAGAUGGUCUUCUCAUGGCCAGCGACGUGCGUCCCGCAAACUCGAUUGAUCACAGCCAUCGAUUUCGUGGAGUUGUCGCCGCCCUAUCAUGGAGAGCUACACGGACCUUCGACCACUGCUGGCAUCUUUUUACUCUUUGCCGACAGUUUGAUAAUGCUCCAUAAACCCAAUGGUUGCCCAACAACGGCACGCAGCUUGAUGGCAGACUUGGACGACCCUAAGUUCACUGUCGCUGACGUCGGAUCAUCAGAGCUCAUCUUCCACCAGCAAUUGAAACUUUCAGAUGUCUUCCUCAGUGAACACUCCGAAGGCAACAUAAUGCAAAUGAUCUCGCCGACUCCAACCGUAAGUCAGCCAGGUCGCCCAAGAAGCCGUGAUCGACAGGUCCUUGGCAUCCGGAUGUUCUAUCUGCUAGGCAUAUACGAAGGGAAAGCACAAAAAUGCGUAGAGGAGAUUACGAAAGCCAGGGUCGAGGGCAGGUUUCCCGAAACCGAGCGUGAGAGCCACAUGUGGGAAGUCCGCAGCUUAACCGGCGAUCUGAACAUGUUCUCUGCUGUGACUGAGGACCGUGCGGGACAAGAUGUCGAGGGCCGGAGAGAGCCUGCAAAGGUACAGGUUAUUGUCAACAUGGCUGACGCUGCGCAACCUGUCCAGCCAGUCAAACACAGUGCUGUUGAACUGACAGUCUCUAUUUCUAUCCAAGGAAAUGAAUUCUACCAACUGGAGUUCAACGGCAACAAUGGCUAUAGUGCGCGCGACAAGCUGACCAGCGUGGAAUUCCUUCCAGUCUUGACUAAACGUCUUGGGAACUUCUUCCAAUCGCGUAACAACAUCAAAUAUCCUGCAUUGGCCGAAGCCUACCUUUUCCGGAACCGGCAGAUACUCAAAUCUCUCAAACUUCAGCUUGGAGAAAUCACUGAGGCACACGACGAAAAGGGCCGCCCCCACUCGCCAGUGAAAAUGCUUUCGAGUUUGUUCGGCAGCAGCGUCAGAGAAGGAGGUCCUAAAAAGCUGCAAAGGAACCCAGUCUCUAUGGGUGAUAUCCCAAAGAUUGCCCCUCCACCACUACACCCCACGCGUACCCAUAGCCGCGAUGGCGAACUAUCUCGACCCACAUCUUCCAACAAGACGAUUGGGUUCAAUUCCAAUGCCUCACCUACCGAUUCGCUCGCAAAAUUAGAGGAGACCCUGGCGACCUUGAUACUUGCGUUGCACGCUCGUAAGGGCAACAUUGUCGGACGAUCGGUCCGGGCCAGGGUUGUGGCGGACGAGCUCCUAGUCAACGAGCUGUACAACUCCUUGCUAGAGAACCCUUCUAAUCUCGAUGUACCGUCUCAGUCUUCUGUUGACGUUCUGUUUGCAGCAUUUGAGAAAUUCCUCAACAUCGCCUGGAAAGAGAAGAUGGGACCAGUUUUAGCUCAUGCUACCUUAGUUUCAUUGCAGAUGAAGUCGGACAGCAUGUAUCCUGGAGAGUUCGAAGAUUUCUUCCGCACGACAUACAGUGAGCUGUCGCCUCAGAACCAGCGCGCACUCCGAGCCAUUAUCAAACUGCUUGCCGAACUCCUCGACGGUAUGGGCAACGACGGUGACCGUGGCAUCCUGACCGCUGCUUUUGCUGAGAUCUUGGUCGCCGAAGGAAGUGCGAACGAUUUUAUCUCCUUGGUCGAUCGGUUCAUCCAAGACAUAGGCGUACUUUUUCCAGAGCAACAAAGUGGUUACAACACACCAAACUUUGGAUCCAUGGACUCCAGGACUCGGUCCGCGGCCACCGGGUCCCUCACUUCCAACACAUCUCUCAGGAAACGGUUUGGCUUUGCCACCUUGACACGCCAGGAUAGCAAGAACGAGAAGGAAUCCACAGUGGGAUCCUUGUGGCGGUCAUUGAGCAAGAACAGCCACGGGCUUGACGGUCAAUCGAGCAGUGCGUCUAAGAUUGGGCCAGCCUCUCUUGGUCGUUCUAACUCUACUGAUGCAGCGAUGCGCUUGUCCCCCAAACGACCGUCUUCUCGCGAUCGUCCCACAGUACUCGGCGCGUUUCCCUUUGAGGGCGGCAAUGUGAGCCCUGCCGGACGGGGAUUUCUGGGUGCACUUGGCACUAUAGGAGAACGAGAGGUACCUUCCAAUGCUGGGCCUCCCCGCAAGAAGCGCCGCUCUUCACUCAGUGACUUGAAGACAUUGCAGGAUGCUAAUGAUGCACCUACGUGGUCUUCGCAGACUCCUCGUGGACCCGACUCUCCACAGCGUGAACCCAGACAAGCUAGCGAGGAGCCCCUAUCGCCGCGCACACCUUCCCGAUCACCAGCAAAGCCGUCGUCGAUCCCUGCGCCGGCACGUCUAGGCUCGCCUGUAGCACGCUUGGGAUCACCCAUUCCACCCAUGCCGCCGCGUCUAGGAUCACCCAUGCGGAGAGAAAAUACGCCUGUAAAUGGGCGUGAACGCGCGGGUUCUCUUCGUCCUGUUUCGCAAGACGAGGUUGUCACCAUUAAGACUUUCCGACCUACCAAGAAGCGCGGCGAGUCUGUAUCUGCAAUUCCCACGCUCAAGCCUGCUGCUGGUCUUUCUGAGCGUCCUACAUCCGGGAACACUGUCAAAGUCCCUUCCACCCCACGCUCUCCCACCAAAACGGGCAUCCCGAUGAGCCCUUCCAAGACGAGCCCUACCAAGAAGCUGAAGAUGCAGAGCCCCCAGAAGCUGCGCGAGCGUCUCCAAAUUCAACAACGAGAUAUAGAAAGCGCAUCCCGAGAUCUGCAAUCUGAGCUUAGUGCGAUUGGCCAUGAAUUGACCGCACGCACACCCCGCCUUACUGCGCAAUUUCCACCUGGUCUCCACGAUGCUCCUUCCACUAAGGCUCUCGAGCGUCGCAUCGCAGCCCUCGAAGUGUCGGUCAAAACCACCCUCGACACCUUGUCAACGCGGACGUCGACCAUCGCCCAGGAUGUUUCCACAUCGCUGGAGGUCUCCGAGAGGCGAGCGAAACAUCUUGACAAGCUGUACCGCGACAGCAAUGCUGAAAACGAGGCGCUGUAUGCGAGGUUCAACGAGGAGCUGGAGAAGGUGGAGAAGAGCGUGCGCAGGGGUAAGGGUGGCGAGGAGGUUGAUCGCCGACUCAAAGCCAGCGAAGAGGAAACUGCGAGGCUGAGGAAGGAAAAUGCGAGGUUGAAAAGGGAGGUUGCGGGGCUGAAGGCGCAGAUCAAGGAGUGAGUGGGUUCAGCACCUUCUGCUGUUUCUGCACUGGGAGGUUUUCUUGGGUUUCUCGCCUCUUAAUGGCGGCUAGGGACUGUCUUGGCGUUCAAGCGUAGGUGACCUGCAUAGCUAUGGCGUUCUUGACCGGGUGUAUGAGCAUUGUCGGCGUUGUGGUGGAUGUGUGUAUCGCGGUGGUGCUGAUGCCGCUGUCAUUUGUGCGGGAAGGAUUGGUCGUGGUAUUAGAGAUCCCAGGGAGUGUUGGCGGGUGACGAGAGCAGAAUAUACCAUGCGCAU